UUUGUGGUCUUUGGAAAUAGUUGCUGUGAACUUGUGAGAGCCGAAAGCGUCUGAGAUUACGGUCCUUUGAUGGGCGUUUGAGAGCGUCCACCCGUUGCCAUGCCGACCGCGUACACUAGUAGAAGAGGUUGUGUUUUACCGAGCGCUGGCCCCGGGCGGUUAUUUCACGUAUCCUGUCUGCUCUCCUUCCUCUCCUGGAUGUAGGAUUCGUCCCCCACACGCCUCCUACCACCACCGCCCUCAGUGAAGAAUGUCCCAGGCCAAGGGCGGAGACUCGCAGAAGGGCACGAGCACGCGGGAGGCGCUGCGGCAGUGGGAGGAGAACACGGGGGAGAAGGCGGCCGAGGCUACCGAAGUGAAGCUGAUCGGCCUGCAGCCCCCCAUUGAGAAGCUGGACGCCUCGCUGCAGACCCUGGCGGCGUGCGAGAAGCUCUCCCUGUCCACCAACACGAUCGAGAAGCUGAACCACCUCAACAACCUUCGCUGUCUUCGUAUUCUGAGCCUCGGGAGGAAUAAUGUUAAGAGCCUGGCCGGCCUGGAGGUGCUGGCGGAGACCCUUGAGCAGCUCUGGAUCUCCUAUAACUUGAUAGAGAAGUUGAAAGGUAUCGGCACACUCAAGAAGCUGAAGGUUCUGUACAUGUCCAACAAUCUAGUGAAAGAGUGGGGAGAGUUCAUGAAGCUCCUGGAGGUUACGACGCUGGAGGAACUCAAUUUCGUCGGCAACCCGCUGGAGGAGAAGCACUCGGCGGAAGGCACGUGGAGGUCAGAGGUGGAGCGCAAACUGACGUGGCUGAAGAAACUCGACGGUCUGCCCAUCAUUCGAGACGUGGACGACGAGCUCAUCAUCGAACAGCAGCAGCAACAACAGCAGCAGCAACAGCAACAGGAGACCCAACAACUACAGGAGCAGGAGGAGCAGAAGGAGGAGGGCGAGGAAGGAGCAGAGAAGGAAGGGGAAGGACAGGGGGAGCAGGAGAAUCAGGAGGGAGAGGAUAAGGACUCUGGUGGAAAGGGUGACGGCGAAAAGAAGGCGGCAGAGACUUAAAUAUCACUAAAAAGAAGAGGAACAGAAAAUGAAAGAAAAGAAGGGAAGUGAAAUAGACAGAAAGAAAAGGACCAAGAGACAAAGAAUAUUGACUCGAAUGGAGAAAAACAACAGCGAAAAACAGGAUUCAGAAACUUAAUAAUAACAGGAAUAGGAGGAGGAGAACCAGGAGAGGAGAGAAGAUAAGCAGAACAGACAGAAAUUAAAGGAAAAAAUGAAAACCAAGAGUCGCAAAAUAAGGACUCAGGUGGAAAGAGUAUAAUGGUGAAAAGGAAGACCUGAGAGACUUCAUGAUACGUAAACUAACAAGGAAAGAAAUUGGAGGGGAAAGAAAAGAAGCAAAACAGACAAAACAAAAGAAGUACGAGAGUCGCAAAAUAAGGACUCGGGUGAAAAGAAUAAGGAUGAAAAGAAGGCCGCAGAAACUUCUUAAUAUUAUAAAAAAAAAACACAAGGGACAGAAGCAGGAAGGGAAAGAAAAGAAGCAAAACAGACAAAACAAAAGAAAUACGAGAGUCGCAAAAUAAGGACUCGGGUGAAAACAAUAAGGAUGAAAAGAAGGCCGCAGAAACUUCUUAAUAUUAUAAAAAAAAAAAUACAAGGGACAGAAGCAGGAAGGGAAAGAAAAGAAGCAAAACAGACACAAAGAAAAGGAGAACCAACAAAAACAAGAUAAAAAAACACUCGAGUGGAAAGAAUACUAGUGAAAAAGAAGGCCGCAGAAACUUCAUAAUACUAAAAAAAGAAGAGGAACAGAGAAAAAAGGGAGGAAAGAUGGAGCAGCAAAACGGACAGAUGUGAAAGGAAAAGCAACAGUGAGAGGAAAAGAAAUCAAAUAGGAACGGUAACAGUGACAAGGAGGCCUCAGAGACAUGAUACCAAAGAAACAGGAAGAGAGUAAGUAGAAGGAAAGGAGAGAAUCGGAACAAUAGGAACAAAAGAAGAACCAGCAGUCAGUGGAUAAGGUUCCUACUCUAUCUCUAAGCUUCUGAGAAUAACUAUCUUUGGAGCUGAUUAAAUGGACUUGUCUUCAUAAGCUGGAGGUGGGACGGGAGGUGCAUUGCGGAUUAUCUCUUAGACAAACAUUCAUAGAUCUAUCUCAGCAUGACCGGUAACUCCCAUAAAUAGGGACGGAAAUAGAUAAGUAUAUAUACGUGUAAAAAAAUAUAUAUAUACUUAAGUGGCGGGUCUACGAUAUUUUUCUCUUCCAUUUACUUGCCAACUCAAAAACCAACGGCAGCUUUUCAACUCUUUUUCCGCGCCUUCGUUGAAUACCACUUACUUCCCUUCCAAAUAUUUACUUGUUAUCUUAUCUACGGAAUACCAUUACUAACAGAGGAAAUAGCAUGUAGCACUUAGCCAUUAACUCAUAGAACCAAAGACUCUUCAUAUCUACGUCCACCUAGGUCUAUGUCUGCCCUCACCUGUACAAUUCCAUGGUCGUCACUCUGUUACUUUGGUUGUCUAUAUGUUGACGUGACCUGCUCAGAUCCCCUUCUUGUUCUUCAUCGUCAUUGUAGUAUCUUCAAAUUUGGUCUGUUCUCUAUUCCAUGAUGCUCGCUUGCUGUCUCUUUGUUAAUAUAAUACUCGGCAUGACGUGACCUGCGCGGAUCCACUUCUUGUUCUUCAUCGUCAUUGCAGCAUCAUCAAAUUUGGUCUGUUCUCUAUUCCAUGAUGCUCGCUUGCUGUCUUUUCUUUAUAUUCAGCCUUUAGCCAGUGUUCAUUUCCUUUUCUCCUGUACUCUCUGUCUAUUUUGCUUAUCUUCUCUCCUCUCCUGCAUCUGCUUCUCCUAUUCCUAUUAUUAUUAAGUUUCUGAAUCCUGUUUUUCACCGUUUUUUUUUCCAUCCGAGUCCAUAUUCUCUGUCUCUUGGUCCUUUUCUUUCUGUCUAUUUCACUUCCCUCGUUUACUUCCCUUUUCUGUUCCUCUUGUUUUAGUUAACGUCUCGGCGCCUCAGUUCGCUAGUUUGAAAAGCCACUCGUAGAAGUUGCGAGGGUUUUCAUGGACUGUUUUGCGAUCCUAGUGAUUGUUGUACGCGACCUUUUUCUUGUUAUUUUUUUUUACAGCAGAGGAGACAGUUCAAGGGCGUAGAAAGUCCGAAAAAGCUACAGAUGCUGUCGAAAAUAAAAACAUGGGUGAAAUAGAAAUGGUCACAGAUGGAAAAGAAUAUAAAAUGUACCUUAAGUUGCUGCCAUUGUUUAUUGGUGAUGCAUUUACGUAAAUCAAUAAAAAAAUAAUAAGAUUGUGAAUCGAUAUCCCAAAAAAACAAGUCUUCUCAUUACACGAAAAUAGCUUCCGUGUUUGAACUGACGGUGUUGAUAUGGUAAUAAUAAUAAUAAUAAUAAUAAUAAUAAUAAUAAUAAUAAUAAUAAUAAUAAUAAUAAUAAUAAUAAUAAUAAUAAUAAUAAUAA